AUGUCUCUUACUUUGUGUUAUUUCCCUCUGAAGGGAGCGGCCGAGAUCAGUCGACUCAUCUUCGCAUAUACGGGAGAAAAGUACGAAGACAAGAGGAUCACAAGUGAGGAGUGGAAGGCGGGAGAGAAGGCGAAGAGCCCGACUGGGGGGCAGCCCAUGAUACUGUUGGAGGGCGGAGAGGUAUACUCGCAGUCGAUGGCCAUUGCCAGAUAUCUGGCUAACAAGUUCGAUCUAGCUGGUAAGAGUGGGGAGGAGAAGCUUCACGCGGACAUGGUGGUGGAUGCGAUCAAGAGUGACAUGGCCCAGAGUCUCAUGAAGGCCUACUUCGAGAAGGACGAGGAGAGGAAGACGGCAUUCGCUGGCGAGGCCAAAGAAAAGAUAAACACCAUGCUAGAGCUCCUGGAGAAGAACUGCGUCAAGGGAGAUGGCACAUUCCUGGCAAGUGGCACUUCGUGGGCGGAUCUGAUGUUCUACAACUUCAUGACUGACGUCGUCCCCCUGGCAAACGCUAGCAUGUCAGCCGGAGUCACCCUGGACGCCACUCCCAAGCUGAAGGCCAUACACGACAAGGUUCAAGAGAACCCAAACAUCAAGAAAUGGAUCGAGGCCAGACCUCAGACUCAAUUCUAG